GAAGUAAGUGUUGGAAAGGUAACCCGCGGAGACCAGAGGAAAAAAGUUGGAGAAAAGAUCCAAAAAAUUCACAAUCUGAGAACGAAAGAAAACGAUUGCAGACGCGGAAAGCAAUACCCAUUACUAAAAAACCCAAUUUAAUACCAAGAGAAAAUGAAAGCUAGUUCGAUUCCAUGGUUGUGGUUGGGAAAUUUCCAUGGAAGUUUGAAAUUUUCAUGCUAAAUCACAGCUUAUAGCCGCCUUCUUUGAUUUCCUGUGCUUAUUACCUGUGAUACCAGGAAAGUUUCCCUUCCUGACUUCUUCCCAAGUCCCACCAUUCAUCAUUGUUGUGAAUAAGUCUAAGCUGUAUCAAAAGUCUAGAACCCACUUUCCCAGUUUCCCUGCCCUUUAUAUCUUCCUCCUUUCUCACUCUUCCUUCACUGCAACCUUUUCUUCUAGCUUCAGAGCAACAAAAAAUCCUAUCUUUCCCAGUUUCCUUCACUGCAACAAAAAAUCCUUUCUUUCUCUUCUUCUUUCGUUUCAAUCUUCCACGCAAAAGUAACAAUCUUCAAGUGUACACGAAGAUGGGUCUCUCUAGUUUCAUGGUGGUUGUUCUGAUGUUGGGUUUGUUGAUGGGUUCUUCUAUUGCUCAGGCGCCUGGACCAGCUCCCAAAGUUGCUCCCGUAGCCGCUCCGCCAUCUCACACUCCUACUUCCGCUCCCACUCCAGCGGUUUCACCCCCGGCACGGUCACCUUCGCCUGCACCUUCCGUGGCUACACCAACACACGCUCCAUCUCCUGCUCCCGCAUCAUCUCCGAAAACUUCUCCCGCUCCCACUCCCACUCCCACUCCCACUUCCACUCCCACUCCCACUCCCACUCCCGUGUCGAAAUCGCCUGCGGUGGCUCCAUCUCCAAGUACUCCAAGCGCCGCCUCACCUCCCACGCCACCUGUCUCUUCUUCUGGUUCACCUUCACCGAGCUCUGGAACGACUCCUCCUUCUCCUCCUUCUUCAGGCGCUCAUGGUUCACUCACCAGAGUUGCAGUUCUGGGUUCUGCCUUUUUCGGCACCUUCGCUUUGGCCUUGUUGAUCUAAGCUUCCAUUAUCAUUCAUUUCCUCGUUAGGAUUUCAUUUCUUACACUUUUUUGUUCUUCUUUCUCUCUUAUGUUCAUCCUUUUUAUUUUUUUCAACUUUUUUGUUUGUGAUCUUGUUGUGUUUACUCGUGGAUGGACACGGUGACGAUGAUUCAUUUGAGUUGAUUCAUUUUUGUAUUUGUACUCACUAUUGGGGGAUAAUCAGUGUGGCCUGGUAUUGAUCUUGAGAUUUGAUGGUUAUGGUUGUGGAUGUAUCACAUUGUAUAGUGAAAUCAUAUUAAUAAAGCAAAUUUCCCCCCGACCCAGUA